AUGCGCCGCAUCACCAACAACAACAACAACCUCCUCAACAAUUACCACCAGCAACAGCAGCAGCGGCAGCUGCGCCACAACAACCGCAGCAAAGCAACCAGCGGCAGCAUUUUUUUCAGCACCAACAGCAAGACAUGCACCUCCAGCAACAGAAAUUUCAAUCCCCUGGAUCCAGCGAUGGAUCCAGGGUCACCGACGGUACAACCAACAGCUGCAGCAGUAUUACCGCUGCAGCAACAGCAACAACCGCAAUCGCAGCAACAGUGGGAGCAGCACCAGCAGCAGCAACAUCAACGGCGGACACCGGAGGAAGUGCAGAGGACGGUCGAGCCCUGCAGCAGCAAGACGGGAGGCCUCGUUCAAGGGAGAACCAAACGGGUGCGCAAAAUGCGCAUGGAGGUGGACUGGACGCUGUUGCUGCUGCCACCGUCGCCGAAGGAUCGACGCCGCAAGAAGCGGAAACCGGGGCCUAAAAAGGGUAAGCUGGGUUUGGAUAAGAAGUUAAAAAGGAAAAAGAAGAAGAAGGUGGAAGUACCGUCACCUCAGGAAGGGACGUCUAAGGAAGUGAAGAGGAAAAGGCGAAUGAAGAAGCAGAAGAAGCUUCUUCAACAGAAACAACAGGAGAAAAAGUAA